AUGUCUGUCUGUGUUCAUAUAUUUCAGCUCUACACAAAGGUUAUUGAUGUUGAUCAUGCUUGUAGCUCAAACAAACGGGUGCUAUCCCAAGUCUCUAACAGUGUAGAAGCUAAAAUGAAGCUUCCAGACUACCCAUACAGUGCUCGGAUAAAGGCCUUUUUAUGCUAUACCAACCCCAGACACCCUGUGACCUGUCACAAACUUGGCACUGGCAAGAUAUCCAGUACCGAGUCAAAAAUUAUACGGACGCCGGGUGUAAAGGUUGUGAAGGGAUCGCAGAAGGCAUCCGUCGCGAGCGUUGGCGAUCUACUCUCGUUUCAGACACAAAGUGUCAUGCAGGUUUCCGAAGAAUUUUCCAAAGACUCCUUCAAAAUACCUCCACCUUCAAUUCCCGAGCCACGUCCGCAAGGCGAAGUUAUAAAGACCAGAUUUCUAGCUCCCAGCGAAGUUGUGGACAAUCACCUGUUCAAAGUGAGCGUCGUCUUCGAGGAGGGCACGCUCAGCUACUAUGGGGGUGUCGCACUGGAGGUAUGGACCCCGACUUCUGAAGUUUGGGCUCCCAAGAAUGACGACCGGUUCAUGUACAAAGCGGAACAGAAGACUCGUCUUGCGCUCUUGAGCGACCUAACUUCACAACCUCAAGAACUCCACUUGAAUCCGCCGCCGCCUGGAGAUGCCUCAGGUCUACCGAUGUGCAAAGUGGCGCUUCUUGUUGAGAACAUAAGCACGCGACACGACUUACUUGCUAGGGUUUCAAUUCUUGAUCCCGAGUCGCCACCCCUUUCCAGCAGGCAGUUGGUGUGGCGAUACGAUCACCCUCUUACUCUUGCUUCGAGAUCAAUGACGGUCUACCUGCAGAGUGAUUUUCCGCUUCGCGUUGAUGGCGAAGGCGGACUUGAAACCUUCUUAUACACCGUCAUCCCUCCCCCGUCAGAACGGCGUUCGCCUCCUGCCCUGCCAAUAGAGAUCUUGGACGCCAUAAUCGGCGAGACCGAGCCUCGGAAUACCCUUGUCUCGACGUAUCUGCCAUGGAGACGGCAAGUAAUACAGUACGGGAUGGUCAACCAUGCGUGGCAUUGCGCAGCUUUACCACAUGCACUUCGAAUCGUCUUCUCUUGGGAUUUCACCGCGGAACGCAUGGAGAAGCUUGCCAGCCUGUUCGACGUACAGCCAACCUAUGCAUCAUACGUCAAGUACUUGGAGAUUCAUCAGGAACUUGGCCGCUGUGUUGGAAUUCACGCGGGAACAUACGCUCGGGCUGCCAUCAGUAUUCUGAAAGCCUCAGCAAAGUGGCUCACGUUGGUGGAAAUUAGGGCAUGGUGCUGGGGGGACCCUUCUGCUAUCUAUGAGCCACUGAAGGACUGCAGUGUCCUUCAGGUACUCCGUUUCGACAACGACCAUCGCUUUUCUAACAAAAAAGAGUACCACAAGCACAAACUAUCUGACGUUCUCAAACUCGCUCGGCCACUGCGGUCUCUCAAGAAUUUCACAUGUAAAAGAUUGCUAACGGACGACACGAGCGCAUUGGAAGACACGCUGCCCCUGCAUUGCUCCCUCAGUGACGUUGAACUUGUGGAUCUCAAGCUAGGGUCAUUUCCGCUCCACAGCAUCUUGCAACACUCGGCUCGUUCUCUGCGAGGUGUCUCUCUCACUUUCAUAACAAUCAGCAACGCCGUGCUACGUGCGUGGCUGGACGAGUGCGGACCCUAUCUAGAGUAUCUUUGCAUUCAUGACUGCCGCAUUGACCCCGCUGGUACGAAGUCAGAGGAAUGGGCCGUGGAUGCCACGGUCGCCAGGAUGGAUAAACUACAACGUCUAAUCGUACGCGGUGAAGGUGCCAGCCUCCGCGUCCUGACGCGGAAGCCAGUCCCCGAGGUCAGUAACAAUGGCGGCUCAAAACAAGAUAGCGGCAACGGCACCUCGGACAACGAUGACAAUGCAGACGACUCUACCGGUGAAAGGAGCAAGUCGCUAGGACCUGUACAGCUGCCUUGCAUCACCCUUAGCAUUCCAAUCGAUGGUAGGACUGACAAGGAGGUGAUUCUACAGGCUCUGUGCACAACUGGAUGGCAUACCAUUAGAAUCGAUAUGUCGGAGUGCAUUUUCAUCUUUAGGCGGGAUGAGGCUGAGGUUGAGGCGAUAGGAAAAGAGCGAGGUAUAUCUGUACUCUUCGGCGACUACGGCCCCGCGAGGUCUCAAUUCGUUCAAAGACCUCGUUAUUACCUGUCCUGGGCACACUAG